AUGACAGCGCGUUCAAUUUUACAAGUCUUUGACCAGUACCAAAAGGCCCGUUUAUUCUUUGUUCAAUCUGUUGCUGAUUUUGCUUCAAAAUCAAACACUAUAGGAUGCUUAGAAGCUGCUGGAGGUUUGGAUCUUCUUUGUCCUUUACUAACAGAUCCUGUUCCAUCUAUUCAGCAUAUGGCUGCUUUAGCUAUAGGAAAAAUUGCAAAUAAUAAUCACAGAUUAGCACAAGCUGUCAUAAGAAUGGACAUUUUACCUCAAUUAUUGAAAAAUAUUAAUAAACAAAAUAAAUUUUAUAAAAAGGCAGCCCUAUUUGUUCUACGUGCAAUCGCUAAACAUUCCUCAGAAUUGACAUCUAUAGUAAUACAAAGUAAUGGAUUGGAUAUCAUCAUAGUUUGUUUAGAAGAUUUUGAUUCUGGUGUCAAGGAAGCUGCUGUCUGGGCACUAGGAUAUAUUGCUAGACAUAAUCAAAGCUUAGCCCAAGCCACAGUUGAUGCAGGAGCUGUGCCCCUUUUGGUUUUGUGCUUGCAAGAACCUGAAUUAUGUUUAAAGCAAAUUAGUGCAUCUGCUCUUUUUGAUAUAAGCAAGCACAAUAAUGAUCUUGCGGAAACUGUUGUCGAUGCAGGAGCUAUUCCUUUCCUUGCAAAAGCAUUAUCUAAUCCUGAUACCAAAUUAAAGCGCCAAGUUCUUUUGGCAUUAAGCAGUAUAGCAAAACAUUCUGUACAUCUGGCAGAAUGUGUUAUCGAAGCUGACAUUUUUCCUGAUGUUCUUGUACAUAUGGCACAUCCUGAUGAAUGUGUUGUCAAAGCUGCUACAAUGCUAACCAGGGAAAUUUGUAAACAUACACUAGAAAUGGCACAGCUUAUUGUAAAUAUUGGUGGCAUUGGUGUGCUUGUUGAAUUAAUUAAUUCUUCAAAACUGACAGUCAGAUUACCAGCAAUAAUGGCAAUUGGAUAUAUUGCUGGACAUUCAGAUCAGUUAGCUGUUGCAGGAAUUGUUCACUUAUCUAUUAUAUUAAACAAUGAGGAUGAUGAACACAUACUUUCUGUUACUGCAUGGGCAAUUGGUCAAAUUGGAAAACAUACAUCAGAACAUGCAAAAGCAGUUGCAGUUGCAAACAUUCUUCCAAAAUUAUUACAGCUUUACAAUAGUCCAAACAGUUCAGAAGACCUCAAAGCAAAAUGUAAUAUAACAUUAAAACAAGUAUUACAACGGUGUAUGUAUAUUGAAGCUUUGGAGCCUUUGUUGCAUGAUUCACCACCUAAUAUUCUGAAAUAUAUACUUGGACAAUUUAGUAAGAUUUUGCCUCAUGAUGCCAGGGCAAGAAGAUUAUUUGUAACAUCUGGUGGAUUAAAAAAGGUACAAGAAAUCCAAGCUGAUCCUGGUUCAAUACUUUUGGAAUACAUACAGAUUAUCAAUUGUUGUUUUCCAGAAGAAAUUAUCAGAUAUUACUCUCCUGGAUAUCCAAGCAGUCUUCUGGAAGCUGUGGAACAGUAUCAACCGAAAUGUCCUUCUCUAUUUACGAUGGAGGAAGAACAUUUAUUCUCUGAUAUUGAUUCUAAAUCUUCACUAUCAUCUUUUAACGAAGAGGGUUAA